GGUCACAAACCUCAUGGGACAAGAACCGUUGAAAGACGACCCCCUCCUUCAUCGUUGGAUUUCGUUCGCUCGCUCGUGCUUCCCUUCUCCAACUGUUCAUCGCACCCUUCAACUCCACCCUCGAAUUUCGCAGUUCUUGGCUUUCAAUGGGAUGAACGUUGAGCUUAAGGGUGGUCGUUUCGGUGGCUGCUUCGAGCCAUGGCCUCGUUGAAGCUGUCCAUCUCCGUCGACGCUUGGGAUGCAAGAAGGGUCGGUUUCUCCGUGAACCAUGUUCAGUCAUCUGACCGUGCCGCCUCCGGUUUACCCAUUACUGGUUUUGUACAUGUAAGUGGAGGUUCAGUCAUCAGUCCUUUUGGUAGGUUCAAGCACAUUAAGGUCUCUCGUGUUGAUGCUGAACUGUCGUGUUGUCCUGCUCCUGAGUUGGAAAUUGAUGGCGUCGAGCCGCCUCCGGAAGGAAAUUCUGUCGGUGAGAGAUUGUUUGAGCAAAACCCACUUGCUGGAGGUGAGAAAAAUCCCAACUUUGAGGGUCCAAAGAAAGGAAAGAAGCGAGAUGGGAAGUGGAAAUCCAGUUUUCGGAGAUCCGAUGGUGGGAAAAAAGAUGUGGGUUUUGUGCAGGAUUAUAGUAGAUUAGAUGUAAAUAACCUUGCGUCUGAUUUGAGCAUGGAAGAGUGUAAUAGGAUCUUGAGACAGCUCGAGAAAUGCAGUGAUAGCAAGACUUUAGAAUUUUUCGAGUGGAUGAGAAGUAAUGGGAAAUUGGAACGAAACAUCGGGGCUUAUAAUUUGGUCCUCAGAGUGUUUGGUAGGAGAGAAGAUUGGGAUGCAGCAGAGAAAUUGAUUAGCCAGCUGAGUGUAGAUCCUGAGUGUGGCUUAAGUUAUCAGGUCUUUAACACUCUAAUUUAUGCAUGUUGCAAAGAGGGAAGAGUUGAAAUGGGGGGGAAGUGGUUCAGGAUGAUGUUGGGAUAUGGAGUUCAGCCUAAUAUUGCGACGUUUGGUAUGCUCAUGAGUCUUUACCAGAAGGGUUGGAAGGUUGAAGAGGCGGAAUUUGCAUUUAGCCGGAUGAGAGAUUGUGGAAUCAAAUGUGAAUCAGCAUAUGCUGCAAUGAUCACAAUCUAUACACGUUUGAGGUUGUAUGACAAAGCUGAGGAAAUAAUUGGCUUAUUGAGAGAUGACAAUGUGAUCCUGAAGGUGGAAAAUUGGUUGGCGAUACUUAAUGCCUAUUGUCAGCAAGGUAAAUUAGAGGAGGCUGAAAAGACAUUGAUUUCCAUGCAAGAAGCCGGAUUGCCACCAAAUAUCGUUGCCUACAACACUUUGAUAACUGGGUAUGGAAAGGUGUCCAAUAUGGAUGCUGCACAAAGAAUAUUUCAGAGUCUACAGGAUCUUGGAUUAGCGCCCGAUGAGACAACUUACAGGUCCAUGAUUGAAGGAUGGGGGCGAGCAAACGAUUAUCAAGAGGCGGCCUGGUACUGCAAAGAACUCAGGGGGUUAGGGUUGAAGCCUAAUUCGUCCAAUUUGUACACAAUGAUAAAUUUGCAGGCAAAAUAUGGGGAUGAAGAUGGUGCUGCCAAAACUCUAGAUGAUAUGGCAGAGAUGGGUUGCCAAUAUUCAUCGAUCUUGGGUAUUCUUUUACAAGCAUAUGAAAGGGCUGCAAGAAUUGAUAAAGUGCCUCUCCUUGUGAAAGAUUCUUUUUAUCAACACAUUUUGGUCAACCAGACCUCAUGCUCCACGUUGGUCAUGGCUUAUGUGAAAAAUGGCUUGGUGGACAUUGCCAUAAAGGUUAUGCAGGAUAAACGGUGGACGGAUGCAGCUUUUGAAGAAAAUCUGUACCAUCUCUUGAUCUGCUCGUGUAAAGAGUUGGGCCAUUUCGAUAAUGCAGUCAAAAUAUACUCGAGUAUGCAUAAAACUGAAGGCAGGGAGAACAUGCAUAUCUUAUGCACGAUGAUUGAUAUGUACAGUAGCUUGGGCCAAUUUACUGAAGCUGAGGAACUGUAUAUGAAGCUAAAAUCUUCUGGAGUUCCAUUAGAUGUGAUUGCUUUCAGCAUCGUUGUGAGAAUGUACGUUAAAGCUGGAUCCUUAAAAGAGGCUUGCUCUGUUCUUGAGAUGAUGGAGAAACAGAAAAAUCUCGUACCUGACGUUUUUCUGUUUCGAGACAUGUUCCGCAUUUACCAGCGCUGUCGUAUGCUGGAUAAAUUAGAAAAUCUCUACUAUCAAUUUUUUAGGAGCGGCAUCAGUUGGGAUCAGGAAAUGUAUAAUUGUGUCAUAAACUGUUGCUCUCGUGCUCUUCCUGUUGAUGAGCUAUCCCGGCUUUUUGACGAGAUGCUUCAGUGUGGAUUUUCUCCUAAUACAAUCACCUUCAAUGUCAUGCUUGAUGUUUAUGGAAAAGCUAAGCUUUUCAAAAAGGUGAGGAAGUUGUUCUUGAUGGCUAGAAAGCAAGGGCUGGCUGAUACUGUUACAUACAACACCAUCGUAGCAUCGUAUGGGCAAAACAAGGACUUCAUAAAUAUGUCAUCAUCUGUUCAAGAAAUGCAGUUCGAUGGUUUUUCGGUUUCUCUCGAAGUGUACAAUUCCAUGCUGGAUGCUUAUGGGAAAGAAGGCCAGAUGGAGAGUUUUAGAAAAGUCUUGCAGAGACUGAAGGAUUCAGCUCGUUCUCCUGAUCGCUACACAUACAAUAUCAUGAUGAACAUUUACGGAGAGCGUGGAUGGAUUGAUGAAGUUGCCGGCAUAUUGAAAGAACUUAAAGAUUAUCAUCUAGGACCUGAUUUGUGCAGCUAUAACACAUUGAUCAAGGCAUAUGGAAUUGCAGGAAUGGUUGAAGAAGCUGUGGCCUUGAUAAAGGAAAUGAGGGAGAAUGGGAUAGAGCCUGAUAAGGUCACCUUCAUAAAUUUGAUCAAUGCACUACGGAAGAAUGAUAAGUUUCUGGAGGCUGUUAGAUGGUCCUUGUGGAUGAAGCAGAUGGGUUUAGGAUAAACUUUUGUUGUCAUUCAGAUGGUUUUUGGCCUCUUUAACAUCCACUACCUCCUUUGGGUGAUGAAGUUGACUUAAAUGAGGAAUCAAUCACCGAACCCAUCAAUAUGCAUGGUAGGAGUCUCUGGGGAUUGCUGUUCAAGGACUGCACUAAUGCUCGAGGACAAACUGCAAUCCGUCAUAUGGCAAGUUGCAACCAUGUUGUGGUGAAUUGGAGCAUCCUGGCUUAUGUGGAAUAAUUGGCUUCCACCUUAAGAAGAGAAGGAUGAGUGACCAUGAGGGACCUCUUAGGUGUGGAACAAAAUUAGCUUGUAAAUGAUCGACUUUGUCGACAAAUGGUUUCUCGUCGUGUCCUGUAGCAAAACUUUUGGGUUCGAUGAUUUUUCAUCCAGACAUCAGGAUCAGUGUCCGUGGCCAUUUUAUGUUAAUAAUACUAGAAUCUUACUUCUCUGA